UAACAUUACUGAAUCAAUAUUUGUUCAGUUGAAUCAGUUCAGUCUACCCGGCUGCUGAAGAGAACAGUGGGAUCAUCGUCUCACAAUAUAAAUAUCGAUUAUAUUUGCAGUUGCAUUGAAGUGCAUCAGAGGAAGAAAUGGAUCCAAAACGACCACCCUUUCCUGGUCCCCCAGGGGUCACCCGCAUACCAUGGCUGCAGCAGGCAGAAGAUCAGGGUCAACUGCCAGACCAGCCCCCAUUGGGGCGAGCCAGAGGUCUUGUCUUGUCUAAAGACGAACCUCUCCCUGGACGAGGUAGAGCCUUAGGUGUACCUGGAGAAACGCCUGUGCGAUUUGGCAGAGGAGUAACUCAGUCUUUAAGUGAGCCUCUUGUGGGCAUGGCUAGAGGAGUGCGAUUACCGAUGGAAGAGGGGGGUUUUGGGCGAGGUAGAGGUUUUUUGCUGCCCACUCCUGAGCCCACUGCUGGGAUAGGUAGAGGGGCUGCUGUGGGACCAAUGCCUACCCUGGACAUUGAAAGAUCAGGUGUGCAGGAAAAGAUGCCUGAGCUGAAAGCAGAGGAGGCUCCAAUCAUUACCAAGGUUGAUGCUCCUGGGACAGGUUCAUCGCUGGUGUCCAUGUUCAGGGGCCUGGGCAUUGAGCCAGGAAAGACAUGGGGCAGAGGAGCAGCACCUAUUGGUAGGGGGGCAGCAGGUGAUUUGGGGGCAGAUGUCCAGCCUAAGCCGAGCAUCAUUGGGGCAGCUGCUCUGACUCCAGAAAGAGAAGAAGCUCGCUUCAAAGAAUCCAUCAGUUUCCUGGGCAGAGGAUUUGUUGGUGUUGGCAGAGCAGCAUUGCCUCAUAUGGCUGUAGGUCGUGGACCGAUUGGCCCAUCAGGCCUUAUGUCUCCCAUUGCUGCCCCUCUCUCUUUGCCAUCUGCGGUCUCUGUCUCUGAAGAAGCUCUGGUUCCUCCAGGAACACCCCCUAAAGUUGAAGUGAAAAUUGAGACAGUGAAGGAGCCUCUGCAGAAAACAGGAACCAAAGGCAGUCCCGUGUCCAUCGGAUCAAACUACAUCCCCAUCUGCUGCAAAAACGAAGCUGUGUUUCAGUACCAUGUUACUUUUACCCCGAAUGUUGAGUCUAUCGGUAUGCGCUUCGGUAUGAUGAAGGAACAUCGGUCUACCACGGGAGAGGUGGUGGCUUUUGACGGAUCUAUCCUCUACCUGCCAAAACGUCUUGAUGAGGUCGUUCAUCUUAAAGCUGAGAGAAAAACCGACAAUCAGGAGAUCGACAUCAAGAUCCAGUUGACCAAGAUUCUGCCGCCCAGCUCUGACCUGUGUAUCCCAUUCUACAAUGUGGUUCUAAGGAGAGUGAUGAAACUACUGGGGCUGAAGCUAGUGGGCAGAAACCACUACGACCCCAAUGCUGUUGUGAUUCUCGGCAAACACAGGCUUCAGGUGUGGCCUGGAUACUCAACCAGUAUCAAGCAUACUGAUGGUGGGCUCUACCUCAUUGUGGACGUCUCACAUAAGGUGCUGCGAAACGACUCUGUGCUGGAUGUCAUGAACCUCAUUUACCAAGGAAGUCGCGAGAGCUUUCAGGACGAAUGCACAAAGGAGUUUGUCGGUUCAAUCGUCAUCACUCGCUAUAACAACCGCACUUACCGUAUCGAUGACAUUGAGUGGGCAAAGUCUCCCAAAGACACUUUCACCUUGGCUGACGGAUCUGUGACCACGUUUGUUGAUUACUACAGAAAGAACUAUGGCAUUACCAUAAAGGAACUGGACCAACCACUGCUCAUCCAUCGUCCAAAAGAGAGGUCCAAACCAGGAGGAAAGGUAAUAACGGGUGAAAUCCUGCUGCUGCCAGAACUCUCCUUCAUGACUGGCAUCCCUGAGAAAAUGAGGAAAGAUUUCAGAGCCAUGAAGGAUCUGACCAUGCACAUCAAUGUGGGAGCCGAGCAACACACCCAGAGUCUCAAACAACUGUUGCACAACAUCAACAGUAAUAAUGAAGCUCUCUCAGAGCUGGGCCGCUGGGGCCUCAGCAUCAGCCAGGAGAUUCUAGUGACUCAAGGAAGAACUCUGCCUAGCGAGACUAUUUGCAUGCAUACAGCCUCUUUCGUCACGUCUCCGUCAGUAGACUGGUCCAGAGAGGUGGUUCGAGACCCCUCCAUCAGCACUGUCCCUCUGGACUGCUGGGCUGUUUUCUUUCCUCGGCGGGCAACCGAUCAGGCCGAGGAGCUGGUGACCACUUUUACAAGGGUAGCCGGACCUAUGGGCAUCAGAGUCGAUCGGCCGAUCCGCGUAGAGCUACGGGAUGACCGAACUGAGACCUUUGUUAAGAGCAUUCACUCUCAACUCACCUGUGAGCCCCGUCUGCAGCUGGUCGUGUGCAUCAUGACCGGAAACAGAGAUGACCUGUACAGCGCCAUCAAAAAGCUGUGCUGCAUACAGAGUCCAGUGCCGUCACAGGCCAUUAACGUGCGGACCAUCUCCCAGCCACAGAAACUCCGCAGCAUCGCUCAAAAGAUCCUUCUGCAGAUUAACUGCAAACUGGGAGGAGAGCUGUGGACGGUGAAUGUUCCUCUAAAAUACCUGAUGGUGAUUGGAGUGGAUGUUCACCAUGACGCAAGCAAGAAGAGCAGAUCUGUUAUGGGCUUUGUGGCAAGUCUAAACAGCAUGCUGACCAAAUGGUACUCCAGGGUUACCUUCCAAAUGCCUCACGAGGAGAUAAUCAACGGCUUCAGAGUGUGUCUGCUGGCUGCCCUGCAGAAAUACUAUGAGGUGAACCACGCCUUUCCAGAGAAGAUCGUCAUCUAUCGUGAUGGCGUGUCAGAUGGACAGCUGAAGACCGUGGAGCUUUACGAGAUCCCUCAGAUCCUGAAAUGCUUCGAGACCAUCCCAAACUACGAACCGAAGCUGGCUUUCAUCGUGGUGCAGAAAAGAAUCAGCACCACCCUGUACUCCUAUGGAUCAGACCACUUCGGCACCCCCUCGCCAGGAACCGUGCUGGAUCACACCGUCACAAACAGAGACUGGGUGGACUUCUACCUAAUGGCACAUUCGAUUCGACAGGGUUGCGGCCUACCCACUCAUUACAUAGCAGUGUACAACACCGCAAACCUCACCCCUGACCACUUGCAGAGGUUGACCUUCAAGAUGUGCCACCUGUACUGGAACUGGCCCGGAACGAUACGUGUUCCUGCACCUUGCAAGUACGCCCACAAACUGGCCUUCCUGUCUGGCCAGUACCUCCAUUCAGAGCCUGCUAUCCAGCUCUCAGAGAAACUGUUCUUUCUGUGAAUGAGACCCAUUAAACAUCUCAGCUGGACCCCAGAGGGUGGUCCUCAUCUUUGAAUCUUCGAAUUUUGUUCUUGGUUUUGUUCUAAGUACUGUUCAAAAAGUUCUUUGCGUGUAAUCCAUCCAAAUAACAUCCAUCCAAGUGUUUUUUCUUUCUUUCUGUAACUCUUAGUUGUUCACUUUUGUGGAGCAUUACAAAAUAAAGUGCAUGUCAAUCUUU